AUGCCACUGACAUGUUCCUUUGCAAACACCUUUUCUGCAGGUUUCUGUCUUACAGGAUCAGACGGCAGCUUAUUGCGAAACUGCCAGCCAGAAGAUGGAAUCUUAAAGUCAUCUGGUGAAAGCAUUCUGAUCCUGCCCGAGAAUGAUCUCCAGUCUGUUUCUAUGUCCGUUGGUAGUAGCAACUUUUACAAGAAGACGUUUACGUUUACAUCACCUUGCGAUGUAGUAUUCAAGGCAAUUUCGCUUGGUUACUUUGGAUCUUGCUCCGUAUCAGUGCAUUAUGGCCGCGAUAAUAGAAGUCUUCAAACACUUCAAUAUCCUGAUCUACAGACACCCUCUUGGCAUACUGGAAACGGAAUCCUGACUAGCGCUUCUUCCCGCAUUCUGCGAGAGUAUAUGAAGGAGAAUUCAACUAGGAGAUUGCUGAUAACUGUUUCUCCCCAUAUUGUUGGUUGUCAAGUAAUCAGAGUCUUGCAAACUCAUUAUCAAGGACUGGCGAUCAUUGCACAGGAUAUCAACGAAUGUAUCGACGUAACAAAUAUCUGCCAUAAAUUGCCUAAUCCAGGGAGCAGGAAGUGUGUCAACACAGUAGGGUCAUACGACUGUCCAUGUUUGGAUGGAUACGCAGGUACUACAUGCAGAGAUAUUGACGAGUGCACAAGCGGCACCCACAACUGCAGCAACGUGAUCAAUUAUGACAACAGACAAUGUCUGAAUGUGAACGGUUCCUACAUGUGUCCCUGUCUUCCUGGAUAUGAUGGUUCAGAAUGUGAUGACAUUGACGAGUGUACAAGAGGCACACAUAAUUGCAACACCAUGAUUAAUUAUGAAAACAGACAAUGUCUGAAUCAGAAAGGAUCCUUCAUCUGUCCUUGUCUUCCUGGAUAUGCUGGUUCAGCAUGUGAUGACAUUGACGAGUGUACAAGAGGCACGCACAGUUGCAACAACAUGAUCAAUUAUAAAAACAGGCAAUGUCUGAAUCUGAACGGAUCCUACAUUUGUUCCUGUCUUUCCGGAUAUGCUGGUUCAGCAUGUGAUGCUACAUACGCGUUAACCAGCAGUGAUUGCGUCUCUAUUGUGACCUUCGCCAUCUCUAUCAGCCUAGUGGUGAUCGUCUUUGUGCUGAUAAUUACAGUCCUGCUGGUUCAAUACAGAAGAGUGAAAUUGCUGUUAGCCCAAAGCACCACUCGAAAUGAUGCUUUGCAGAUUAUGAAGGACACAGCCGGGAGUAACACCAAACCACUCACUAUCAAUGACGCAUACGACACACCACAGUCUGCAGUUCAACAAGACACAGCAGUGUAUUCCACUGUACAAUAGGACGCACUCCAUGGUGCGAACAUGCAGUUCGAGUUCUUCAGAUUUUCCCAGUCAGGCACAGUGACGUUUAGCUAUACGCUCGCCAAAUCCAUAAUCACCUUCUCCUACUUCGUUAUGAGCUAGUCUGUCGUGUGCUAUUCUCUUCUUCCUUCUUCCCAGUCCUUCUGCAUCUUUUGCGUGCGAUUCCAUUCUCCAUUAUUAAAUUUAUGAUAUUUCAUCAAUUUGGUCUAUGCCAUUCCAGAAGUUCUCCAUGCACAAAAUUAUAUUGGCUAAAUCCGGCUAUACACUUUUCGAUCAUAUGUAGGUUAUCACACGUCUUAUUGCCAUCACCAUCGCUUUGCGAACAAAUGUCGCUACACAUUUGCACCAGUUUUCAGUUGGGGCAUCCAACCGCUUUUGGCCAUGCAAAAUUUCAGUUUCAUGCACCAGUUGUAUUCUUUGAUGUGAUUGAUGAAAUUAAUUAAUAAAAUGUAUUAAAAAUUCCAAAAAAAUACAUUACAUGUCAUGUAAUUUUUCAUUUGCGAUCUCUUGGUUUUUUGCAACUUUUUCUCUUGUUUCAGCGGGCAUAAUGCUUUCCUAUUCGGUGAGCAGGCAGUCGGUAUAUUUUGGUAAUUGUAGCUGCUACUCUUUUCCUGGUGCCUCCUGUUUGUGUGCUUUUUUCAGACCUGUGUUCUUUUCGGUUCAAUGGGUUUAUCUAUGACCUGUUUGCUUUCUGCCUAGCGCGAAAGGAUUUUUGACACGGUGUUUAAAUCUUUCUACAACACUUUCCCUAUCCUUUAAAUUUUAUAUAUUCCCCUUUUCUUUUUAUUCUAUGAAAAUUUCACUUUCAAAUAAGAACAGUAAUGUAAUUGUGCUCUCGCGGCUAGUGGUCACCAUCGCAGCCGCCAAUCAUUGUCAUGGGCUUACUGGUAGCUUUCAAUGACCCUUCUGUCUUGUUCAAUUGUGCUCCAUCUCACGUGAUCUUGGC